UGUUGAGAUUUGAACUGACAACACUCUCGAGUCCAAUGCUUUAAACACUAGAUCCUGCACAUCCAGAACAGUAUUUUAUUUUUAAGAUUAUGAUGAAAGAAUCAAAACUGAAUAAUUUCCAGACAAGACAAUUGCAGAAAACGAUGCACGAUGGUACUGCCUUGCCCCUAUCUUGUAAUCCAACAACAAGCGCCAAACCAGCACAGCCUGUACCCCAUCAGAAGCCCAGUGCGAGGGUGAGUCCGAUGGCCCACGGUAAGGGGGUACGCUCCAAGGAAGUUAUAGAGGAGUCGGGAGCCUAUGAGAGACCCAAGUACCCAGGUGGCGGGGUGACUAAAUCAUUAGACAAGGAGAAAGAAAGAUUGGCAAAUUACAUGGCAUACGGUGAAGACAUCCCUCCUAUCACGGAAGAGCGUAAACGAGAAGUUCUAAAGACUCCUGAACCGGAACCCAUUAUUGAUAGAUUUGCAGAUUUGGAAGCAGAGAUUCAAGAGAGAGUUGAGUUUCUUGAGGACAUGAGGAAACUAGGCAAGGAGAAGCAGUACAAAACCAUCAUCAAUACAGAAAUAUCUCAGAAAAUCCGUGAAAUGGAAGUGAUUGACAGACAGAGGACCCAGCAACUUAAAAAGGCAAUAGCAGAGAAGGAAUCAUUACACGGAAGCUGAGAUCAUCAGACCUUGUAAAUAUAUUGUACAUAUUAUAUAUGGUCUAUUACAUAUUUCGACAGGUGACCAGUGAUAAUGUAUUACAUUUGUUACAUGUGUUGAGUAGAGAGCUUAUGCUUUUGAUGGGGGGGGGGGGGGGGAGGUCAGAUUGUGGCAUAUUCUCAUAGUUUCAAGUUUCAAAAUUUAUUGAUCAAAAUCCAUUUUCAAUUUUAAAAAGAAACACUUAUAUGGACAAUUACAGUGAGACACAAAGUUUCAAAUCAAAUAUAUAAAUAUAUAGAUAAAUAUAAAUACGAAAUACAGAAAAAUUAUGGUUAACAAUUUUCAUGUUGAGCCCUAAAAAAUUCGAUACAUAUGAUGAUCUUGCUCAUGUAUCUAUUGAGAUGGACAAUCUGGUCCAUAUUUAUAGGAGUAGGUUUGAGCUAAAAGCAUGAACAUUUAACUCAUUUUGUGACAGAUAAGACUGUAUGGACACCACGCCCGUAUUGUGAACUCAGAUAUAAAGUAAUGUGGUCUAAGUAUGGAGAGCCAAUUGGGGGCACAAAUCCCUAACAUUACACAUCCAAUUUAUGAACUCAUAUGACACUCAAAUUGUCCAUAAUUAUGUGGGAAUGAUAACUGAAGUAUAUUGAAGUAUUUUUCUCUAUUAUGAAAGCAAAAGGAAACAAAAUAUUAAACAUAAGAAAUAUACAAUAUAAACAGAAUUUGUGAAUUUUUGGCCCCCAAUAAUUUUAGUAAAGAGUUAGACCGUGGUCUAAGUUAAACCCGACUUCAGAAUAUGGGCAUAAUUUAUGUUUUACAAAUUUUCCUGAUUUCCUCCUAAUGCACACAUUUGCUCAUGGUAAUUAUUAUUUGGCCUUUGUCGAAUACCCUUUUGCCAUUUGAAUGUUAACCAGGGUAAACAAAUAAUUUGAACAAUGAAGAUUCCUUGAUUAUCAGAAAUCAUAAAAAAGUUGACCUAUUUACAUGACCUACCAGUGGUUACUCAUAAUGUGCAAGCUGACUCAUUGUCCCAGUACAGCGCCUAUGACAUGCAUGUCAACACAGCUGAAUGAUACACGAUCGCCAGAGCGGCUGUCAUUGUUGUCUUGAAAUCAAAAGAGUUUGGAAUUCAUAAUAUUUUUAGCAUAAAAUUCAUUUAUUAUCUUGGACUUUGUUGUCAAAUAUCAAAGAUUAUAGCCAUGUACUUUCGACAAUCAAAUGUAUCAGAUCAGUAAUCAACGUCUGGCGACCGUUCGAUUAGUGUAAAUAGUAGUAUUCGGCUGCCGAUUUUUGGUAAACUGGUCGAAAACAUUGAUUGUCCGAGUUUUAUUCCCAGGCCUAUUUAUUACAUGUUUGAUUGAAUGUGUGUAUCAAAUGUUAAAGUAUGUAUUCAGAAAAUGUACAGAACAAAAUUCUUGUGUACAUGUACAUGUAGCUAUGUUUGAAUACAGCCAGAAAUACCUUGUAGUAGAAAUAAUCAAUUUAGUUAUUCUACUCACUUCACGUGUGAAAUAGUACUAUUCUGUCAGAUUUGUAGUAAAUACAAAUUAACGGUGAGGUGAAAUAUUGAAGCAAAUUUACAGGUUACAACUUUGUAAAAAAAAAAAUGCUUGGAAUGAAAAAAAAUUGAGAUUUCUAUUUGUGAAAAAUGCCUGGUAAGUUUUGUUUUAAAUAAAGUGUUAAUGAAUGGUUGUUAGCAAACUCAUUUGAAAUCAGUAAUGGAGUAGGCACAUCCCACAAAUGAUGUCAUUGUUGGCUCAGUUAGAUAUAUAGAACAUUUUUAUCUCCCUUUUCUUUCUAAAAACCGUUCUUUACUUUUCAUAUAAUUGAGCCAAUUAAUUUAAAUCCAAAUUGUAUUAUAUGUUUGUCAACAAAAACUAAUUGGAAGCCAUUUUGAGGUAUGCACUACAUAGUUUGAUGACAUCCUUUAAUAUACUUUUUUUAAUGAAUUACUUUUAGUUUAAACCAUGAAGUAAUCUUCACUAUGAAAUAAUCAAGUUAAAGCAAAUGAAGAUAUUUUAUUUAUUCAAAAUUUUGCCAUGAAUCCUUUCAAAACUUUGAAAAUAAAUCCUUGCUGUCAUUUCAUUUGUUUUAAUGAAGAAAUGUAAUAUACUUGAUAGACAUUCUACUUGUUUUUUCAUACAUAAUUUGAAUGGACUAUUGUUAUCUUGUAAAAAUACAAACACAAGAAUUAAAAUUUGGAAAUAAUGGCAUUUUAAGAAAUCAUUUAUUCAAUGUUAUAUUAAGCCAUUUCCUUACAUUAUUUUCCCACCGAUGUUUUCCUUUCAAUAAAUUUCCCUCAUUGCAUGGUAUGUGAAAAUGAAAUGAUGUAUUUAUCAUGUAUUAAAGGUCAAGUCCACCCCAGAAAAAUUUUGAUUUGAAUAAAUAGAGAAAAAUGAAACUAGCAUGACACUAAAAAUUUCAUCAAAAUCGGAUGUAAGUUGACAUUUUAAAGUUUCGCUUAUUUCUCACAAAACAGUGCUAUGCACAAUUGAGUGACAUGCACAUGAACAGUUGAUGAUGUCACUCACUUUUUUUGUUUUUUAUUGUUUGAAUUAUACAAUAUUCCUUUUUUUUUUAUACAGAUUUGACAACAAGGACCAACUUGAUUGAAACAUUUAGUAUUAAACAAUGCUAAUUCCACAUGUUCAGGGAGGAAUUAAUCAUUUUUCAACAAUGAAUAGAAAAUUAGAAUAUUUCAUAUAAUAAAGUACAUAAGAAAUAGUGAGUGGAUGACAUCAUCAGUUUCCUCAUUUGCAUACCGACCAGGAUGUGCAUGUAACUGUUUUGUGAAUUUAAGCGAAACUUUAAAAUGUCAUAACUUUCUUAUUUUACAUCCGAUUUGGAUGAAAUUUUCAGUGUUAUGCUAGUUAGAUUUUUCUCUUUUUAUUCAAAUCAACUUUUUGUUGGGGUGGACUUGUCCUUUAAGUAUUUACUACUUGUACAUAGAUUAUUUGAAGCUUUCUAAAUGUCACAAGAGAUAUUGUAUUUAUUAGUAUUGUGAUAAUUUGAUAAAGUGAUAGAAAAUAUGUACUGUAUAUUGGUUUUUCAUUAAUAAAAUGUGAAACUGUA